GGGGCGCGAGAGGCCUGGACGUCGAGGAGUGAACAAAAUCUCGGAGUCAGGGUGAGACUGCCGAGCGGUACAGUCUCUCUAUCGUCGAUCCAACAAACAACACAAUGGCGGAUAAGGACAAGAAGGUAAAGAAGAAGAAGGCGCCGAAGGAAGAGGCACCCGCAGAAGAGGCAGCUGCGCCCGCGGCGCCCGCUGGCGAGCGCCAGUCGUCGCGCGGUAGCCGCAAGGCCAAGCGCACCGGCUCCAAUGUCUUCUCCAUGUUCUCACAGAAACAGGUCGCCGAGUUCAAAGAAGCCUUCCAGCUGAUGGAUCACGACAAGGACGGUAUCAUCGGCAAGAACGAUCUCCGCGCCACCUUCGACUCGCUCGGCAGGCUGGCGACGGAAAAGGAGCUCGAUGACAUGGUCAGCGAGGCAUCCGGCCCCAUCAACUUCACGCAGCUGCUCACCCUCUUCGCCAACCGCAUGUCCGGUGGCUCUGACGACGACGACGUCGUUAUCAACGCCUUCAAGACCUUCGACACCGAGGGCAAGAUCGACUCGGAGCGACUUAGGCACGCGCUUAUGACCUGGGGUGAUAAGUUCUCCGCCGACGAAGUCGACGAGGCCUACGACCAGAUGGAGAUUGACGAUAAGGGCUUCAUCGACACCCAGAAGCUGAUCACCAUGCUCACCGCCAGCGCCGAGGACGAGGAGGGCGGUGAGGCUGCGUGAGCACCCCCCAGCUGCACCACCACCCGGCACCAACACCUAACCGCUGACGACAGCUCUGACAGUCCACCCGGUCCACUCGGUUCGCACAGAACGUAUUAAAUGUAGACCGAACCGAAACAUGUUUUUAUUUAAUUUAAUAUCUUUAUGUAAUUUAUUGUUUCCAUUUUAUAAUUUAUAUUUUAAUGAAAAUAUAGUACUACUAUAACAAAAUGGUGUCAUCAUGUCCCCGUAACGUAAGACUGGAGGGAUUGAAGGAAUAGACUGCAUUUAUACACUGUCACACAAACACACACUCAAAUCACGCAUCCCAUUCAAUUUGCUAGAAUAACUUGGGUAAACACGGCCUAUUAUUAUAUUACAUGUCGAAAUAUAUACAUGGGAAAACCAGAAACAAGGAAAUAAAUGUUAAUCUAAAGUGCUACUCAUGCAGUUGGUAAUUGUCCUAAUUUGUCGACAAUUAUAGAUAAGUUAAAUAAGUAUAGGUAAAUAAAGACGAAAAUACAACACAAUGUAA